GUUCCGUCCGCGAGCAGAAGCUGGCUGCGGUGUCGUUUUUUCCGAUCAGUCGGACCUUGAUCAAUCUUUUCAACUGUCCUUGUUCUCCAGGUUUUACGCAUUUGAUUGCAAUUGGAAUAGCUUGGAUUCGUGUGUGACUGUCGAUUCCACAUAUUUUUUCGACCGAAUUGGCUCUGAAGCAAUGGAUUGACUUCAGUUUUCCUUCAACCCCUCCACCAAGUUGAGAAAACAGUCUAACCUGCGGUCUCUCCAUACUUCGAGCUCACAAGCCAGCUACAUGUUUCAUCUGGACAGUUUCAAAAGUAGCUGGUACCGGAUGUUUUUAAAAAUUUCGUAGGUGAAACAUUGAAGUUCUUCGUUUGUCUCGGAAGUGUAUGGAAAUAGGUGGCAGAGGAUUUUAAACACGGAUUUUCUCCGGGGUUCUUGAAGCCUGCAAACAUUUAUUUUUGAAAAGUGAUGGCGGAGCGGGGAGCAAGGUUGCUCCUCUCUCUCCUCUGUCUCACCUUUCUUUACCCGGCGACCACCGUGUCAAGACAUGCCGAAAAAGGCACGGCGGCGCGGCCCUUCAGCCCCUUCUGGUUCUCGGUGGAGCCGUGGGACACACUGGCCGUGAGAGGCGCCCCAGCACUGCUCAACUGCUCAGCGCACAGCGGGGACCCUGCCUCGGAGCCCACUGCGCCCCAGGCCCGUGUGGAGUGGAAGAAGGAUGGAACCUUCCUGAGCCUGGCGCCAGACGACGGGCGGCGGCGUGUUCUGCCUGACGGCUCGCUGCUCAUAUCUAGUGUGGUGCACUCCAAGCACAACAAGCCCGACGAGGGAACGUACCAGUGUGUGGCCACCAUCGACAGCCUGGGAACCAUCGCCAGCCGCACCGCCCGCCUCACCGUGGCAGGUAUGCCCCGGUUCUCCAGCCAGCCGGCAGCAGCCAGCAUACGCCUGGGAGACAGCCAGGUUCUGGCGUGCGACGUCAACCCAGACCUGGUACCUUUAGCCCGGUGGGAGCGUGAGCGUGAGCCCCUGGAGCUGAGCUCUAGGCUGGUGCAGCUACCCAACGGAGCCCUGGUGGUGAGCAACGCUUCGGAGGCCGACGCUGGGCUCUACCGCUGCAUGGUGGAGAACGCUGGGCCCGCCAAGACCAGUGAAGAGGCCCAGCUCACCAUACUGCCAGAAACCGGAGAGGAGAGAGAACUGGAGUUCCUGGUAGAGCCACUUCCUGUGACCAAAGUGGUGGGGGCCAGUUUGCUGCUGCCGUGUGUGGUGACGGGUUACCCAGCGCCCUACGUCCGAUGGAUGGUGGGAGACAAGCUUGUCGAGGAGAGUGAGGGGAAGUUGGAGUUGGUGGGAGGAGGCAGUCUGUUGAUCUACAACCUGACUGAGGAGGAUGCAGGCAUCUACAGCUGUAUGGCAGACAUCACUAACAACACUAUCGAGGCCAAGGCAGAGCUCACUGUACAAGUUCCACCGGAGUUCCUGAAGAGGCCGGCCAACAUCUACGCCCACGAGUCCAUGGACAUCAUGUUUCAGUGUGAGGUCACAGGCUCCCCGGCCCCCACCGUCAAAUGGGUCAAAAACGGAGACGCUGUCAUUCCCAGCGACUACUUCAAAAUCAUUAAUGAACACAACCUGCAGGUCCUGGGUCUGGUCAAGUCUGACGAGGGCUUCUACCAGUGUCUGGCAGAGAACGAUGCAGGGAACAUGCAGUCCAGCGCUCAACUCAUCAUCCUAGAGCACGAUGUAGCUCUCCCCACCCCUCCUCUCCCCUCACUGACUCCUGACACUACUGACCAUGUAACGCCAGGCUCCAGAGGUGUGGCUAACCCCACUGGCCCCACCCCCUCCGCCCCCCGUGACGUCGUGGCCUCGCUGGUCUCCACCCGCUUCAUCAAGCUCACCUGGCGCCCUCCAGCUGAGCCCAAUGGAGAAGACCUCACCUACUCUGUCUACUUCAAUCAGGAGGGUACCAACAGGGAGCGUAUCCUGAACACCAGUCGGCCAGGUGAGAUGCAGGUGACCAUUCAGAACCUGAUGCCCGACUCCAAGUACAAGUUCCGGGUGGUGGCGCACAACAAGAACGGCCUGGGAGAGAGCUCUGCCGUCCUCAAGGUGGCCACCCAGGGUGAAGUGCAAGUUCCUGGCCCCGCCCCCAACCUGCAGGCUGUGUCGACAACACCCACCUCCAUCACCCUCAACUGGGACACGCCCCUCACUGGCAACGGAGACGUCCUCACGUACAAGGUCUACUAUAUGGAGAAGGGUCUGGACCUGGAACAGGACAUAGACGCUGGAGCUCUGUCCUACACCUUGAUGGGUCUGAAGAAGUUCACAGAGUACAGCAUUAGAGUGGUGGCCUUCAACAAGCACGGUCCGGGAGUGUCCACAGGAGACAUCACCGUCACCACCCUGUCUGAUGUUCCCAGUGCACCUCCUCAAAACCUCACUGUGGAAGUUCACAACUCAAAGGUAAGCACAAGUCAGCCACUUCUCUUUAACACGCAGACACUCUCCCUACCUCUCAGGUGAUGUGAUAGCUGUGGGCCUAACCCUGUUUUCAAUGCUAUUAGCUCUUGUCAGUGGGCUCAGCUCAUACACAGACUGCCAGCGUUGUGCUUGAACCCUGUAUCGAUCCACCCAGCAAGCGGCUGGAGACUGGGCCUGUCUGAAGGCUUUCGUCUCGCUCUCUCUACCACAACUCCUACAGCCUCACACAUCUAGAGGCUCAUCUCCCACAGGAAGGCUUUCUAUCCAGCUCACUUG